UCCACUGAGUGCAUAUUCGAAUGAAAAAAUACUCUUGUACAAAUACAUGCUUCUUCUACAUAGCGUUUGACAGGCCAAUCAGCGAAGCGCACAAAUCUUUUCCACCACAGCGCCAGAGCAGAGUGCAGCGCCUCAUUGGCCAUGGGAAGGUAUGUGAGAGCACGUGCUGUUGCUUUUCGUUUGAUUUUUUGUAGCCACAUUGAACCUUGCAUUAAAUGUUGUUGGUAAGCGUUGUUAUUGUAUUUGUUGUUGUUGCUUGCUGAAACAUUAAAUUCCAACACAUGUAUACCAAGACACCAGCACCAGCUGGCGUAGAUGAAACCUUAUAAACGCAGCCCAAUCCAAAGGCUCCAACCACUGGCAAUGGCAAGCGCAUAAACGCUGUACAAAAACAAUGGCUAAGAAGGACUGACUGGCUGGCAACCACCGUGAGAGAGAACACUUCAUUUAGGUUUUUACCUGUCGUCUACCUUGCCGGCCGACUGUGGUGAGUUGCAAGUGAAUAAGGGAAUCGAUAUAAAUAUCGCCACCAGCAGGCCGACGAAGGCAUACGCAUACAGGACGUGUACGUGAAGGUUGCAUCGCAGUCUGUAUAUUGUUUUAAAUUAAGAUUUUCUUGAGUUCGAAAUAAAACGACACAUUUAGCCAAGAUGUCGUCCAGUGAGAUAUACCGCUACUAUUAUAAAACUUCCGAGGAUUUACAGGCAUUCAAAUCGAAUGCGAACGAAACGUACUUUAAUCCAAUGGGCGCCUACAAUCCACCGCCAUUGAUUAGCCACAGCAAUAAUAAUCAUCAACAGCAGCAACAGCAGCAGCAGCAGCAGCAACAAUUCAAUUGUGCUCCCACCCACAAUUUUCUGCCGACCAACGGUUUCAUCACCUUCGAGCAGGCAUCUUCCGAUGGCUGGAUUACCUCCUCCCCCGCGAGUCAUCGUUCCGAAAGUCCUGAGUAUGUGGAUCUCAAUACCAUCUAUGCGAACGGCAUACACAAUGGCGCUCAUGCACUGCAUGCAACUGUUACGCAAUUCGGCCUGCAUUUGGAAUCUCCGUCAGUGCCAGCGUCGUCUACACAGCUAACAGGAUUAACAGCAGCGUCAUCAACUGCAGUCACAAAAGCCUGUCCCUCCAAAGGAGCUACCAGCAGCAGCAGCAGCAAUAGCAGUGUAACAACCAAAGCAAAGCGUUCCUACACACGCCGCACACCGAAAACAGUGCCAACCUCGUCCGCUCAAUUGCCACCGAUCUCCAGCGACACCAUCGUUUCCAUAGCCACCAAUGCCGCGGCUGCGAUUAGCGCGAAUCCACAUUUAACGACCAACAACGCCUACACGUCAGAUUUCCAAAGUUUCGAUUUUGAUCACGCCGCCGCGUUAUUCGAUGGCGAUAGCGUCGAUGACGACGAAGUUGACGAUCAUAUGCUACUAUUCGGCGCUGACGAUGAUUUCGAAGGCGCUGAUGGCUCUUUCGAGCUGGUCGACCAAUCCGGCACAAUGCAGACAGAGGGCGCAGCCGCCGGCAUCGCGCAAUCCGGCACUAAGAAGCGUCGCGGCAAACAAAUCUCGCCGGUCAUCAAGCGUAAGCGUCGCUUGGCGGCAAAUGCGCGAGAACGCCGUCGCAUGCAGAAUCUGAAUCAGGCCUUCGAUCGGUUGCGGCAAUACCUGCCCUGUCUGGGCAACGAUCGUCAGCUUUCCAAGCACGAGACGCUACAAAUGGCGCAAACUUAUAUAUCGGCGCUGGGCGAUUUGUUGCGCUAAAACGAAAUGCGAUGAUGGUGCAACGUAGUGGUUGCGCCGAAUGAAGACGUAUGUAUGUAGCCGUAGCAGUAUUUUUGUUGUUGUUGUGAGAUGCAAAUGACUGAGUUAGAAAAUACAAAUUAAGUUUAAAAUUGUGUUGAAUUAUAGAAAUUUCCAUAGUUGUAAGUAAGUGUGAAUUUGUUGGAAAAUAUUUAUUUAAGAUUAGUAAGAAUUGUUAGAAAUAAGAGGGAGUAAAAUUUUGUAUACAUAAUGAAACCGGAAGACAAAAAACCUAAGCCUGUUUAUAGUUAAAAAAAAAAU